UGUAUGUGUGUGUGUGUGUGGGUAGCCUUGGGUGUGAUGCUGUUCAAAGCUUGGCUCUUGUGUGUUUUCACCGUGGUGCAGUGCAACAUGAAAAGUUAAAGAUGUAGGCUACACGUGAGCACGCUGGAGCAUUGUGUUUAACAGUCGGGAGGAUUCCUUCCUUGGCACGAGACUCCCUCUCUCUCCACACACACAUCAGACGUAGCACGUGCAGAAACACCUGACUCAUCCAGAUGUCUUCCGCAGUGCCACCCUUUCUCACCCCCUACUUGCCCUAAAAUAUAAAAUAAUCUGUUUAUCUGCCAUUUUGCCUCUGAAUCUUAUUACUGUAUGGUUAUUUCGUUGCCAGAUGAGGCUGUAGUUGCUGGCUUCUUGGGUUCUAACUCAUACAUGUUUUACAUCUCUGCAGUCUAAGUUACCCUGGCAACCUCCUCAGCCAGUUUCUAUUGGCCACAUCCUUGACCAAUAGGACAGCUUUCUGAUUAUGUCAUAUAAAAACAACGCCGUAGUUCUAGUGGCGCUGCUAUGACAGAGUCCGGUGACAGUGCUGAUACAAGUAGCCGUCAGCCCGGCCAUAAAUCGAUAUUUUAGUUCAAUGUCGGUUAACGUUUGCUUAUUUAUAAGUUUGAAGCCUUGUGCGUUAUACUUUAAUAUAUAUAAAAGAAAAUAAUUUUGCAUCACUUUCCGGAACGCAGCGAGCUUAGUUGAGAUGGAUGCGCAGAGACGGUGGUGUUGUGUAGUGUAAAAAAAAACAUUCGAGAACUAGAUCGAAUCACACCGAAUGACCUCAACGACUCUGCGGCAAAUCAAAACUGAGAAGGGAGUGAAGUGUAAUUUACCGCCGCGUCUGUAAUCUGAUGUCUUCCGCGCACCGCUCCGUCAUUCGGCGCCGGUCCGCUGCUGCCGCGCGCGCCUUCCUCCGUCGCUCCGCGGCUGUGAUGAGCGCAGAGCUGUGUCAGUGAAACGACGUUGGGACAACAUGACUAUCCCGAAAGACAUCCCAGAGAAGUGGUUUCCAAUCAUUCUCCCUCUAAAAAGGAAGAAAGAGGGAUUAAGCAACGCGAGAAAAAUAAGAAAAGGAGCAGAGGAGGAAAGGAGAGUCCGAGCCAACGAUAGAGAGUACAAUGAGAAGUUCCAGUAUGCUAGCAACUGCAUCAUGACCUCAAAGUACAACAUCAUUACCUUCCUACCAGUCAACCUGUUUGAGCAGUUUCAGGAAGUGGCCAAUACCUACUUCCUGUUUCUCCUCAUACUGCAGUUGAUUCCACAGAUCUCCUCUUUAUCCUGGUUCACCACCAUUGUGCCUUUAGUGCUGGUGCUGAGCAUCACUGCAGUUAAAGAUGCCACCGAUGACUAUUUUCGUCACAAGAGUGACAACCAGGUGAAUAACCGUCAGUCUCAGGUCCUCAUCGGUGGCAUUCUUCAAAAGGAGAAAUGGAUGAAUGUCAGAGUGGGUGACAUCAUUAAACUGGAGAACAAUCAGUUUGUGGCAGCUGACCUGCUCCUGUUGUCCAGCAGUGAACCACAUGGCCUCUGUUACAUUGAAACGGCAGAACUGGAUGGUGAGACGAACAUGAAGGUGCGCCAGUCUCUGUCUGUUACCUCAGAGCUGGGGGAUCCUAAUAACCUGGCCCAGUUUGAUGGAGAAGUGGUGUGUGAGCCACCCAACAACAAGCUCGACCGUUUCUGCGGGACUCUGUACUGGAAAGACUGCAAGUACCCCCUCAGCAACCAGAACAUGCUGCUUCGCGGCUGCGUACUGCGCAACACAGAGAGCUGCUAUGGCCUUGUUAUUUUUGCAGGUCCUGACACCAAACUGAUGCAGAACAGCGGACGGACUAAGUUCAAGCGGACCAGUAUAGACAGACUGAUGAAUACACUGGUGCUGUGGAUUUUUGGAUUCCUGGUGUGUAUGGGAGUGAUCUUGGCCAUAGGAAAUGCAGUUUGGGAAAAAGAAGUGGGUGCUCUGUUCCAGAGCUUUCUUCCUUGGGACCCUCCAGUAGACAACUUCCUGUUCUCUGCCUUCCUGUCUUUCUGGUCCUAUGUUAUCAUCCUCAACACAGUCGUGCCCAUCUCCCUCUACGUCAGCGUGGAGGUGAUUCGUCUGGGUCACAGUUAUUUCAUUAACUGGGACCGGCGGAUGUUCUGCAGCCGUAGUAACACAGCAGCAGAGGCCCGGACCACCACACUGAAUGAAGAGCUGGGGCAGGUGGAGUACAUCUUCAGCGACAAGACGGGAACCCUCACCCAGAACAUCAUGACCUUCAACAAGUGCUCCAUCAAUGGUCACGCGUAUGGUGAGGUGAUGAAUAUUCUGGGAGCUCAGCAGAAGAGGGUCCAGCCCCUGGACUUCAUUGCGUGGAACCCUUUAGCGGACCGGGACUUCUGCUUCUACGACCAGUCUCUGCUAGAGGCGGUGAUGGUGGGAGAACCAGCAGUGCAUGAAUUCUUCCGGGUCUUGUCUCUCUGCCACACGGUCAUGAGCGAGGAGAAGAGCGAGGGAGCGCUGCUGUAUAAGGCCCAGUCUCCAGAUGAGGGGGCGUUAGUAACAGCUGCACGCAACUUUGGCUUUGUGUUUCGCUCUCGCACACCUGGCACAGUCACCACACAAGAGCUCGGAAAGGCUGUCACAUACACGCUCCUCGCCAUCCUGGACUUCAAUAACAUCCGCAAAAGAAUGUCUGUCAUAGUGAGGAAUCCAGAGGGUCGUAUUCGUCUGUACUGUAAGGGCGCAGAUACAGUGCUUUUCGAGAGGCUUCACUCUUGCAACCAUGAUCUAAUGAAUAUCACUUCAGACCAUCUCAACGAGUAUGCAGGUGACGGGUUACGGACGCUAGCGGUGGCCUAUCGGGAUCUGUCUGAGGAGCAGUGGGAGGAGUGGGCAGAGCGCUUCCGAGGCGCUGAUAAAGCCACCGACUGCAGAGACGACCGACUGGCUGCAGCCUAUGAGGAGAUCGAACAGGACAUGAUGUUGUUGGGGGCCACGGCUAUAGAAGAUAAACUGCAAGAAGGGGUUCCUGAGACUAUUGCUAUUCUCUCACUGGCUAACAUCAAGAUCUGGGUGCUCACUGGAGACAAACAGGAGACUGCAGUGAAUAUUGGUUAUUCGUGUAAAAUGCUAACAGAUGACAUGACUGAGAUCUUCAUCGUUAAUGGACACACUGUCCAAAGCGUACGUGAAGAACUGAGGAAAGCGAGAGAGCGAAUGCUGGAGUCCACACGCACCAGAGAUGGAGGGAAGGAAGCUGAAGCUCAGGGAUGGGGUGGUGCUUGUGCCUUUGGAAAUGGAUGUGGAGGUGGCGGUGCUGCUAACUGGAUGCCUGAUGAGGGCAAAUGUCCCCCUCCUCAGGCUCCGCCCCCUUCUUUACUGGAGUCGAUCAGUGGAGAGUUCGCCCUCAUCAUCAGCGGACACAGCUUGGCUCAUGCCUUGGAAGCGGAUAUGGAGCGUGAGUUUUUGGAGACGGCGUGUGCCUGUCGAGCAGUGAUCUGCUGUAGGGUGACUCCUCUUCAGAAAGCUCUAGUGGUGGAACUGGUUAAACAGCAUAAGAAAGCUGUCACACUCGCCAUCGGAGACGGAGCCAAUGACGUCAGCAUGAUCAAAACGGCUCACAUCGGAGUGGGCAUCAGCGGUCAGGAGGGGAUCCAGGCUGUGCUGGCAUCAGAUUACUCUUUUUCCCAGUUUCGCUUCCUGCAGCGUCUUUUGCUGGUGCACGGACGCUGGUCCUAUCUGCGCAUGUGCCGCUUUCUCUGUUACUUCUUCUACAAGAACUUCGCCUUCACUAUGGUGCACUUCUGGUUCGGGUUCUUCUGUGGAUUCUCAGCGCAGACUGUCUAUGACCAGUACUUCAUCACUCUUUACAAUAUGUACACAUCCCUGCCGGUGUUGGCCAUGGGCAUCUUCGAUCAGGACGUUCCUGAACAGAGGAGUCUGGAGUAUCCGAAGCUGUAUGAGCCGGGUCAGCUGAACCUGCUGUUUAACAAGCGGGAGUUCUUCAUCUGCAUCGCGCAGGGAAUCUACACGUCUGUGGUUCUCUUCUUCAUUCCCUACGGCGUUCUCUCACACGCCACGCAGAGCAAUGGAGUCCCGCUGGCAGACUAUCAAACUUUUGCAGUAACUACAGCGACAGCUCUUGUCAUCGUUGUAAGCGUCCAGAUUGCUCUGGACACCGGUUAUUGGACGGCUAUAAAUCACUUCUUUAUAUGGGGCUCUUUGGGUACCUACUUCACCAUCCUCUUCGCUAUGCACUCCAGCAUUUUGUUUAAUAUCUUCCCCAAGCAGUUCCAUUUCCUUGGAAGUGCUCAUAACACACUUGGGCAGCCAGUGGUGUGGUUAACUAUUGCUCUGGCCACCGUCAUCUGCAUUGCUCCAGUCCUUGCUUUCCGCUUUCUUAAACUGGACCUUAAACCUCAGCUCUCAGAUACUGUGCGCUACACUCAACUUGUGCUGCAGAAAAAGCGAAAGCCUGGCGGACGUGCUGGUCGUGGAGUGGGCGGUGCGGGUGUAGCAAGUGGCAGUACUCUUGGCCGCUUGGGACGAGGUGGGUCUCGACGCUCUGGUUAUGCGUUUGCCCAUCAAGAAGGCUUCGGCGAGCUGAUCACAUCGGGGAAAAAUAUGCGCCUGAGCUCCCUGGCUCUCGCCACGUUCGCUUCUCGCCACAGCAGCAGUUGGAUCGAUACCCUUCGCAGGAAAAAACAUGCAAACAACGCUGCUGCGCAAAACACCCCGCCCACUGGAGAAGACACCUCUCAGGCUCCUCCCCUUUCCACAUCUUCCUCAGCAGCAGGCGAGGCAGAGCAACCGUGUAACGAACCUGUCCCCUCUCACAGCCCCGAUGAUAUCGCUCUCAGUGUUAUUAAGUGUCCGGAAAGAGAGAUCGGAGAAAAUAGUACAGGAACUGCACAGGAAGCACCGUUUGUGUGGAAGGGAGCUCGUAUCAGUGGUUCCAGCAGUCCCGGCCCACCUCCCAUUGCAGAAGAAACGUCCAGUGGCGAGUGAUGGAUCGACGGACCUACUGGAAUCCUUCAUGUGAACGCUCACACCUUCUGACGCGUGCCCAUGUUUCUGUCUGAGGACAUGUGCGGUGAAGACAGCGCCCCAGACAGUUUAGCAGCAAACAUAUGCUUGAAUUAAAACACAUGGAAAUGGAUGCAGAUUCAGACUGCGCAUACAGACCGUACAUUUCCCGUAUUAUGCUCAUUCUCAGAUUUCCUGUCAAGUGAGAAGGAUAAAUCUGUUGUUAUUUGAGCUGCUUAUGACUGAGUUUUCCAUUCUAGCCAAGUUAUCAGACUACAAACCACUAACAAACAUUGCCAAGGCUGAUAUCGCAACACACCUGACUAUACGAAUAGCUGAUGUAAUAUGCAAAAUUACAUUUUACGUUAAAUUAGAUGAGUUCAUAUUUAAUUUGGAGACAAAAAAAAUCCUAAAUUUAUACAUUAAAGUAUUUCUGUCUCAUAUUUUACUAUAAAUAUAUCAGUGCAUAUCACAAUAUAUGAAUACACCGCAGAUGUAACAGUUUCAAGUAACAGUUGUACAGAUGUUACAGAUAACUAAAUGAUCUGAAGUAUCAGCCUCAGCUGUAUCAGGUUUAAUGUUUUUGUAUUCAAAUUGGGUAGUUCUGGAUCUUAUCUUGUUCGUUUAACAUCUCAGUCAGGUCAAGGAUUGUCUGUCUCUCUAUAUAUAGAGCGGUUCAUCUUUUCUUCAGUUUUUUUGGAUUUCUUAAUGACUUCCUUGUGGUCUCGUACUGUUUUGCCCAUUUUGUCAGCAUAUUGUUUUGCUGAGUCAAACACUUCAGCUUUUUGCCUGUUUGUUGCUCAGAGGUUAGUAAUGCUACUUCAAUUCAAGCAAGUGAACUUUCUUACAGUAUGUCCUGUUAGAGAAGGCUAGAGAUUUUCUGUUUUCCCCACUGCUGAAAAUAGCACUAAGAUGUAUGUGAUAAAACACUAUAGUUCUCAGUGAGAACGUGAUUCUGCUGGAUGAACCCGUCCUUUCUCAUCCAUUUCUUUGCACCAUAUUGGUGCUCCAGCUCUGAAGAGUCCAGUUCAACCUCAAGCUCUGCUCUACUGGACCCUCGAGGGUUUAACAAUUUGCAUUGAUCCAGUGGACAUUAAUUAAUGUGUAUUUUUUUUGAAGUUGGAUUCAAAUAAUUAACAUCAGAGUUUUCAAAAUGGAUUCCACCUUGACCGUCAUGGUCUAAAUGUGGCCUUCACCGGUGUUUGGAUUUAGGUAAAUGGGCUAAUAAGAAUGUAAACAUAGUGAUGUGUGUUGUUUCGAAUGGUUGAGACAGACCAAGAAAGUUGAUAAAGAUGUGUGAGAAGUUACUGUGCACCAUACUUGUCCUGUUUCCUGUGUAAGUUAGGCCUAGCUCUCAUACCAUUAAAUAGGUAACAAUUAUAUGCCUUAAAAGCUAACGUUGUGUGUUAUUUUUUUAACGUGUAUCUAUUUCCAUCCACACACGAAACAUUUACAUAUAUUGCAGUAGGAGGUUAAAGGUCAUAGUUUCAGUGUCUGUUAGCCAAAUCCACACGAUCUGUGAACAGUAUGACCCUACUGUUGUGAGUGGGCCUGGUAAAAAAUAAAAUAAUAAACAAUUAGACAUGAUUAAAUGAAAAAAGUUCAAACUGA